AUGUUUAAGACGAGCGCGAAACAGCGACGGCGCGUUCGCGGCGUCGUGCGCGGCGCGGGGCGCGGGAGAGUGAUUGGAUUUUAUCACCCGAGCGGUGGGGACGGUGGCGGCGGCGAACGCGUGCUGUUCGCCGCGAUCGCGGCGGCGCAGCGAGCGACGGAGGGAAGGGAUGUCACGUGUUGCGUGUACGCGGGCGCGACGUCGGCGCGAGGCGACGAACCCGUCGAGGACGGCGACGAACUCAUCGCGCGCGCGCGCGAACGGUUCGGGAUCGAGUUGCGAGCGCCCAUAAACGUUAUCAGACUCACGCGUGAGCGAUGGGCGCGCGCGGAGACGUACAAACGGUGCACGAUAUUGGGGCAGUUUAUCGGCGGCGCGUGGCUCGGGCUCGAGGCGCUGUGGACGUUCGCGCCGGAUGUGUUCGUGGAUACCGUCGGACACGCGGCGACGUAUCCGAUCGCGCGAUAUCUGUUUGGGUGCCAAACAGUGGCGUACGUGCACUAUCCGACGGUGUCGAGGGACAUGAUCGCGCGCGUGGAGAGCGGAAGACUGAUGUACAACAACAGCCGCCUGUUCGCGUCGUCCAAGUUUUUGAGCGGCCUCAAGGUACUUUAUUACCGCGCCUUUGCCGUCGUGUACGGGUGGUGCGGACGAUCGUGUAAGUGCGUGAUGGUGAACUCUUCGUGGACUAAAUCGCACAUCGACGCAUUGUGGCGGGUUGAUUCACGGGUGGUGUAUCCCCCGUGCAACGUCGAAGACUUGUCCAAACUCCCGUUGACGCGCCCGAGGUUGAACGCGCGCGGGACGCCGGUGAAAAAGGACAAGUCGUCGAUACGCGUUGUUAGCGUGGGGCAGUUUCGACCGGAAAAAGCGCACGUGGUUCAAAUCGCCGCCUGGAAGGCUUUGAAAAAGUUCAAGACAUUAUCGAGCAAGAUUGAAAACGCCAUUUUGGUCUUCGUCGGUGGAUGCCGUGACGAAGCCGACCGCGAGCGCUUGGCAGAUUUGCAACAAAGUGUCAAAGAUCUGGAGCUCCAGGAUAGCGUUCAGUUCCACGUCGACGUGUCGUACGACGAAGUCAAGCGCGAGCUGUCGCGCGCGUCCAUCGGCCUUCACUCCAUGAUUGACGAGCAUUUCGGUAUUUGUGUCGUCGAGUACAUGGCGGCAGGCGCGGUGCCCGUCGCUCACGCAUCUGGCGGACCUUUUCUCGAUAUCAUACGCGACCAACACGACGGCCCGACAGGUUUCACUGCGGAUAGCGUGGCGACCUUCGCCGAAACGCUCGAGCACUUGUUGCUCAUGCGCCGAACCGAGCGGGAGGAAAUUUCAGCGCGCGCGCGCGCGCGUAGUGACAUUUUCAGCGAAACAGAAUUCAACUCAAACUUCAUCGACAGUCUCGUCAACUCUGGCGUUCUCUAG